AUGUCUGUCACCACAGUCCUGAUCACGGGAGCCAAGUCCGGCAUCGGCAAAGGCCUCCUCACUGCCUAUGCGGCCAGACGCAACUAUCGUGUCAUUGCGGCCAUUCGCGAUGGCACUGCCUCUAGUUCAGCGAAGGACCUUCAGUCGAUUCCUACCGCCGAAGGGAGCUCCAUCCUGGUGGUCGCAUACGACGCGAGCAAUCCAAAUUCAGCGGAGCUACUCACUAAAGGUCUUGAGACCGAGCACCACAUAGAUGCACUAGACGUGGUUAUUGCGAAUGCCGGCAUCUUGAAGCAUUUCGGAAAGGCUGCGGAAAUAUCAGCCCAGACUCUCACCGAACAUCUCGAAAUCAACGCAAUAGCGCCCAUUCUGCUGUAUAAGUCCACCGCUUCGCUUCUCAACAAGUCUCAGCAGACGCCCAAGUUCUUCAUCAUAUCUUCUGUGAUUGGAUCCAAUGCGCUGCAGGAUACCUACAACCUGCCCUCUCUCGCUUACGGAAUCUCCAAAGCCGCCGCCAAUUACGCGGCCAGUCGCAUUCAUCGCGAAGAGGAGCGAAUCGUCGUGGUUCCAGUACAGCCUGGUUGGGUGCAGACGAACAUGGGCAACAACUUUGCGGCAUACAACGGGCUUGAUGCAAGUCAAGUCCCUGUCAAGCUGAAUGAUAGUGUCCAGGGUCUCAUCGAGCUCUUUGACGCAGCAACCAAGGAGAAGCACAGUGGCUUGUUCUGGGAUUACGAGGGGAAGCAGGUCCCAUGGUAA